AUGGAGAAUCUUAAACAUUCUGAUGAAGUUCAAGGGCAAAGUAGCCAACUCCACGGUACCAGUAUAUUCAUCCUUGAAAUACAAACUCUAAUCAGGAAGCUACAAAAUGUUGCAUUACUACUAUAUGGAAAAUUCGUGAAAGUUACUUCGCUUGAACCUGUUGAUGAGGAAACGGAAACCUAUUCAUAUUACUCACGCAAGAUGGAAUUCAUACCAAGUGCAAAAGAGCUAAGUCGUGCAGGAGUCAGGUUCAGAAAGGGUUCUAGCAAAGGUGGUUUUCUGGAUGUCAACUUCAUAAAAAAAGAAGGUAUUCUGGAAAUCCCUCCUAUAAAUCUUUGCAACGGAACUGAGACAUUGUUUAGAAAUCUUAUUGCCUGUGAGCAAUUAUAUAAAGGAAGCUAUGUUAUGAGUUCAUAUGCUACUUUAAUGGAUUGUCUCAUAAAUUCCACAGAAGAUGUUAAAAUUCUUCGUAAAAAAGAAAUAAUCACUAGUUAUUUAGGCUGUGAUGAAGACGUCGCUGAUAUCUUUAACAAGCUUUGUGUGGAGAUAUGUAAUGACAGCAAUCAUUAUUCUUCGCACACCAUUCGUAUAAACAAGUAUUAUAAGAAGCGUCGGCAUAUUUGGAAAGCAGCUUUGAAACGAGAAUAUUCCAGCAAUCCAUGGACAAUUGUUUCAGUCCUUGCUGCGGUUCUACUUAUUUCACUUACGAUCAUAUCCACAGUAUUUGGAAUCCUUUCAUUCCUAGUCCCUAAGUCGUGA